UCAUUAUUUGUACACAUCUCAGUAAGCUACAAAUUGAGUGAGCAACAUUUAUUUAAUCAAGCCAGCAAAAUGUGUGAGAAUGAUGAAAACAUAAUUUGGACCAUUAAAAACGGCGAAAUUGAUGCCGUGCAAAUGGCAUUCGAGAACUCGAAUCGAAAUGUUAACGAAUUUAUUGGCGGUCGAACACCAUUGCACUAUGCCGCCGACUUUGGGCAGCUAAAGAUGCUUAAGUAUCUGGUGGAGAUCGGAGCCGAUGUUAAUAAGCUUGACAAGUAUCAUAUAACGCCCAUACUGGCAGCCAUCUGGGAGGGGCAUACCGAAUGCGUUGAAUUUUUAUUAGAUCAGGGCGCUAAUAAAGAUGGAACCACGCCGGGUGGACAGAAUUAUGUGGAUGCAGCCGAAAAGGAUGAUAUCAAAAAGCUACUGAAUAAUAUAAAUGCUGGCUGAUAAUGCGAGGUCUUUUAUUCGGGCAAGUUGGGAGAAUUUUCUAAGCUGUCAGACUUUCAAUUUUCUUUAAAAAAAACUUUUCGUUGCAUAAAAUA